CGGCUAUGGCGGCAGGGAAGGCGGCGGCCGAGCCCUUGGGGCGGACGGCGGAAGAGGUGGCUUGGGCUGAGGCGCUGCGUGGGGCCUGCGAGCCUGAGCACCACUGGCGGUUCCGCCGGGAGUUCCUGCUGCGCAACGUCGGGGAGCCGCCAGCGGCGGGCAGUGCCCAGCUCCAGCGCCUAGUGUCCCUCUCCAUGGUGUGGGCCAAUCAUGUCUUCCUGGGCUGCCGGUACCCGCCGCUGGUCAUGGAGAAGGCGUUGGAAAUGGCCGAAGGCAUACAAGUGACCGGCGCCCCUGUUCGCACCACGAGAGAUGAACUGGUUGCCAAGGUGAAGAAAAGAGGCAUAUCAAGUAGCAAUGAAGGGGUAGAAGAGCCUUCCAAGAAGCGAGCUGUUGAGAAAAGCAAAGAUGGUAAGGAUACUGGAAAGGAUGUGAAAACAACCAAGGCAGAAGCCCUGAAGAAAACAGAGAGCACAUUGCCAAAAAAGCAGGAAAGAGAUACUAGCAAAGAUGGAGAAAGCUCCUGGUCAACUUGCACUUCAGAUCAAGAAAUGAGCAGAGCAUCAAAUGCAGAAAUAGAAGGAAAACCUGCUAAUGCUGAAAAUACGAGUGAGCAGAAUCCAUCUUCAUCUGAAAAAGAGUCAGGAGAGAAGUCUUGCUCAAGUUUACCUAAGGAAAGCAAGUGCGGAAACCUGUCAUCACCUGAGAAGAAAACUGCAGUGAGUGCAACCCCACCAGCUUCCAAGAGUGCCCUGCAGGUAGAGGUGGUGGCAGCUGCGGUGCCACCGACUGCCAAGAGUACCCCACAGGCAGUGGCAGCAACAGUGCCACCAGCCACCAAGAGCACCCCGCAAGCAGUGUCAGUGCCACCAGCCACCAAGAGCACCCCACAAGCAGUGGCAGCAGCGGUGCCACCCACUACCAAGAGCACCCCGCAGGCAGCAGCAGUGCCACCCACUACCAAGAGCACCCUGCAGGCAGCAGCAGUGCCACCCACUACCAAGAGCACCCUGCAGGCAGUGGCAGCAGUGGUGCCAUCGACUACCAAGAGUACCCUGCAGACAGCAGCAGUGCCACCCACUACCAAGAGCACCCCACAGGCAGUGGCAGCAGCAGUGCCACCCACUACCAAGAGCACCCCACAGGCAGUGGCAGCAGCAGUGCCACCCACUACCAAGAGCACCCCACAGGCAGUGACGACAGCAGUGCCACCCACUACCAAGAGCACCCCGCAGGCAGUGGCAGCAGCAGUGCCACCAACUACCAAGAGCACCCCUCUGACAGCAGCAGUGCCACCAGCUGCCAAGAGCACUGUGCAAACAAGUGCUACUCUGCUGUCUUCCAAAAACCAAGCUAGUGCUUCAGCAUCAGUGUCCAAGAGUGGUGCUCAGGUGAGCAGCUCACUGCUUCUGGCUCCCAAGAGCAGCACUCAGGUGGGUGCUUCACUGCUGCUGGCCUCCAAGGGCACUGCUAAGGUGACCUCCUCACUCCUGGCCUCCAAGAGCAGUGCUGAGGUAGCUGCUUCAUUGCUGGCUGCUCGGAGUGGUGCUCAGCAGGGAUCCUCACUAUUGAAUUCCAAGAGCAGUGCUCAGGUGGCUGCUUCACUGCUGGCUGCUCGGAGCGGUGCUCAGCAAGGUCCCUCAUCACUGGCCUCUCGUGGUGGAGCUCAGGCAGGUGCUUCUCUGCUGGCCUCCAAGGGUGGUACGCAGGCAGGCUCACCACAGCUUGCCUCUAAGAGCAGCUCACAGGCAGGUGAAAGCCCUGCUAAGGCUUUGUGCAAACCCUUAACAAGCGAAGAUGCAAAGGAAAGACAGCCUUUUUUCAACAGAUUAUACAAAGCUGUAGCCUGGAAAUUAGUUGCUGUUGGAGGCUUCAGUCCUAAUGUAAAUCAUGCAGAACUUCUGAACUCAUCUAUUCAGUCUGUAAAAGCUACGUUAGAUGUUGCUUUUGUUCCCCUGAAGGAGCUUGCAGACUUGCCUCAAAAUAAGAGCUCUCUGGAAAACAUAGUUUGUGAACUGAGGUGCAAGUCUGUCUACUUGGGUACUGGCUGUGGUAAAAGUAUGGAAAAUGCUAAAGCAGUUGCUUCAAGAGAAGCUUUGAAAUUAUUCCUCAAGAAGAAAGUUAUUGUGAAGAUAUGCAAAAGAAAAUACAAAGGUAGUGAAAUUGAAGAUUUGGUACUCCUGGAUGAGGAAUCAAAACCGUCAAAUUUACCUCCAGCUUUAAGAAAUCCUCGUGAGAUCUUGUAGGGGAGAAAGGCCGUUUGUACCAUGUAUAAUAUUUCAAGACAAGGACUGAAGGUUAAUUUUGUACUUCAAAAACGCAGGCUUCCAGAUAUUUUGUAUUUCUUUCUCAGUUUUGCAAGACGAUGAUAGUCUUUUCACUUGGUAGCAAUUGUAUAAAACUUGUUAGAGAUGACAAGUGUGUAUUAAAGGUAUGCCUUAAUACAUAGCACAUUAGUGUGCUGUUUCAUUUGCAAAAUAGUCUACCUAAUUCUUCUAUUUUUAAUUAAGGUACAAUUUGUUGUUUAAAACUUGACAAUUUUGUAAUUCCUACGAUUCGAUGGCAGUGUGGUCAGUUGUCUACCAUGUCUUUUUUAGCCACAUAGAAGUGUGUAUAUAGGGACCAUAAUACUUGAAUGAUUGAAAGUUGUUUAAAAAUUUCAAUCAAAAAAUUGAAUCAUCUGUUUCAGGCUCGUUGCUCAUAAUGUUUGUUGUUGCUCAUACUAGGAGCGAAAAUACUUGGUUGACUAUUGUUAUGGGAUGUUUCCAUAAUGCUCACUGAUACAAAUGACACCCUGAUUCCAUUUAACAUUAUACUAGACGGCUAGAUCCUGUUUAACAUUAUACUGGCAGAUUAUCGAUUAGCAGUCAAGUCACAGCUACUUCAGCCACCGAAACUCUGUAAGCAAAUUUAUACUGUUAAUUGUUUUUUUCUUCAAAUAAACAUGCAUUUCUAUAUUAAAUAUUUAACUGCUACUAAACCAAUAAAACCUCUGGAAUAUGCUUUUGUAGUAUUUUGGUUUGGCUGUUAAAUAUUCCAUCCAUUUCAAUAAUUUUGCAACACCUUAAGGAAAGCUUUACUUUGAGUGGCUUCAAGGUGUAAUCCCACAUGGAUGAGUUGUUUUCUUUAUAUGCAUAGAUGGAAUACUGUACAAGUGAUAGAGUGGACCUGUAGAAUGUCUAUUUCUACUUUUGUCAAACCAGGAUAAGGAAAAUGAAGAUGCUGCUGUCUACUAGAGACAGCAAAUGUAUUGUAAAGCAAAGCAUUCACACUAAUCAAGCCCUUCCUUUGCUGUGUUUUUAUGCCACAUACAGGAUGGUUUGAAGCAAAGAAAGUGAGAGGUUAUCUUUUAUUUUCAGUGUUGCUGAAAUACCUGCACAAACUGCAUGUUUGAUAUAUUGGGUAAUGACAUGUAAUUGUAAAAACAUAUUGUCUUAAGUGCUAUUUUGAAUUAAUCUUGUCUGGUUAUGGUAGUUAGCAUCAUUUAGUGGUGAUCUCACACUUGACAGAGAUCCAUUGAUCAACUACUACAGGAGUGAAUAGGAAUUCCUGGGAUCUCAGUAGUAUGUAUGUCUACUUAAAGACUUCCAAGUUCUUUUGUGAUUAUGGGACUAAAUCACGAUGGUGUUAUACUGUACCCUAUGUAAUUUUGAAGAGCUGUGGCUGUGCAGUCCAUAGCACCUGAAGCCUGCAAGGCACUUGUGCUUCUUGGUAGCCAGUUGAGAAUUUCCUCUGUCCCCUGUACUUCUGUGCCCUCGGUUGUCCUUCACUCUAGAUGGGUUUCUCAGGAGUUCCCCCUUGACGUUUCUGGAGCACCACCCGACAUUCAGAAUGCAAUACAUUGCAUCUCACACAGCAUAAGAAUUUGUGUAUACUGCUAGUGCAGAGCAAGUUCCAUGUUGUAUUUAGGAGCUGUGGUAUUCAUGCCAGCAGGCAUGAGAUCUGUUUUCAGAUCCUCACUGUGGGGGUGAAGACACAGAAUGACUGUUUUCACAGGGCAGGAAUUGCAUCCUGUGCCCUCUGAAACACAGCUUUUCUAGCUGUUCAUUUGGGCAUCUCUGCAUCUCUCAGGAUUGCAGCAUGAAUUGGAUGGUGAAGAUGUCUCCUCACUGCAAAGUGAAGCUGAUGGUGUUUACUGACCUCAAGGGGGAUGUUAAGGUAACUGUGUUAAAAGGCUGAGGUGCUAGAUGUCCAUUUUUUAAAGUCCUGACUUAGAUUUUUAUUUU